AUGAGCAACAGUAAUUCUGAUAUUGAUGACUUCUCAUCCGAUGAGGAAAAUGACAAUCCACUUCUAAUAACUUCCAAAAAGAAAGUGUCUACCGCAACCGAUGUUUUUGACCAAGAUGAUGAAGGAAGCGAUGAGAGUGACAAUGAAGUUACUCCUUUAAAAUCUAGCAAUAUAAAGGCCAACGAUGCCAAUGAGAAUAUGACGGAAGAAAAAGGAAGUAUAGAGCCUGAAGAAGAAGAAGAAGAUAAUGAAACAAAUCUAGCAACUACAAAUAAGCAUAGCGAGACCCUAACGAAAGAGGAGAAGACUGCCAGUUUAAAAAAGAGAUUAGCCCUCGUACAACAUAUGCGUAAAAAUUCAAAACACAAGACUGGUGUCAUAUAUUUAUCGAGUAUUCCUCCAUAUAUGAAACCUGCUAGAAUGAGACAUAUCCUAUCCCGAUUUGGCGAAGUAGACAGAUUAUUCUUAAAGAGAGAGACUGAUGACAAACAUAAGAGAAGAGUUAGAGGUGGUGGUAAUAAAAAGACAAUGUACGAAGAAGGAUGGGCAGAAUUUGUUAGGAAGAGAGAUGCAAAAUUAUGCGCAACCACUUUGAAUGGUAAUAUUAUUGGCGGUAAAAAGGGUACCUUCUAUCACGAUGAUAUAUUAAAUGUAAAAUAUUUGCCUGGGUUUAAAUGGUCAGACUUGACUGAACAAAUUGCUAGAGAGAAUGAUGUUAGACAAGCAAAGUUGGAGAUUGAAAUAUCACAAGCUAAUAAAUUAAAUGCUGAUUUCAUCAAGAAUGUAGAACAAAGUAAGAUGAUAGCAAAUAUAAAAAACAGCAAGAAAAGAAACUCUACCACUGAGGAUGAUGGUACUGAAGAAAGAAGAAGAAACUUCAAACAACAUAAGGUCGCAACAAAUAGAGCUAAUGCUCCGAAGGCAAUUAAAAAUGACGGCAACAAGAAGUCAACUAACCUAAACAGUGUUCUAUCCAAUCUGUUAUGA